AUGGCUCCAGAAAUCCAGACGACCAUCACACCGCACAGCCAGAAGCCUUAUGUAUCCAGGACAUAUCCAUCCGCGGAGGAACUUGACAAGAUCAUUCAUCAUGCUACUGUUGCUCAGAAAGAUUGGAAAAAGGUCCCUGUUGAGGAAAGAAUUGCCAUAGGAAGGAAGUUCAUGGAAGAAUUUAGGAAAAUGUCGGAUGAAAUUCCUCUCGAGCUAUCGCUUCAGAUGGGCCGUCCUGUGUCACAGGGCGCAGGAGAAAUCCGCGGAUUCCUAGAGCGCUCUGAAUACAUGCUCAAUAUUGCAGCCUCUAGUCUUGCUGAUGUGACUUUGGAGAGUACCGAUAAGCCUGGUUUCCGAAGGUAUAUCAAACGCGUCCCUCUCGGAGUCGUUCUGGUUAUCGCCCCAUGGAAUUUCCCGUACUUGGUCUCUGUGAACUCGGUUCUUCCUGCUAUCAUCGCCGGCAAUGCCGUACUUUUGAAGCCGUCUCCUCAAACACCACUUACAGCAGAAAGAUUCGCACUUGCGCUAACAAGGGCAGGAGUACCAGAACACAUCAUUCAGGUAGUUCACAUGUCGCCUGAAUUGACCACUAGAGCGAUAAACAACCCAGCGGUUGAUUUUGUGUCGUUCACUGGAAGUGUCCAAGGUGGGGCCUCCGUUUCCAAGACUGCUGCAAAUGCGGUAGGGUUCAAAGGUGUAGCUUUGGAGCUUGGCGGAAAAGAUCCGGCGUACGUCAGGGCCGAUGCAAACUUGGACUAUACCGUUCCAGAGUUAGUAGACGGUGCUUUUUUCAACUCCGGACAAAGUUGCUGUGCAGUAGAGCGCAUCUAUGUUCAUGAAGCCAUUUAUGACACCUUCGUGGAGAAAUUUGUUGAGCAUACCAAGCCCUACAGACUUGGCGAUCCAACAUUGAAAGAGACGAAUCUGGGCCCUGUUGUGAGUCUUGCCAGCGCCGAACGCAUCCGAAAGCAAGUCGCCGACGCAGUCGCUGCCGGAGCCAAAAAUCUGCUCCCCGAAAGCUUCUUUCCUCAGGCAAAAACCGGGACAACCUACGUCGCUCCACAAGUACUUGUAGAUGUGGAUCACACCAUGGAUGUAAUGAAAGAAGAGACGUUUGGUCCAGUAGUUGGGAUUCAAAAGGUGUCUUCUGACGAUGAGGCUAUCAAACUCAUGAACGACUCGCGUUAUGGAUUAACCGCAUCGAUAUGGACUAACGCCAAUGACAAUCCGGAUUCCGAGAAAGCAUUCCUGCAAAUUCUAGAAGAGUUGGAGACAGGGACUGUUUUCUUGAAUCGUUGCGACUACCUUGACCCAGCUUUGGCGUGGUGCGGAGUCAAAGAUAGUGGUCGUGGUGUCAGUUUGAGCAAAUUUGGUUAUGACCAGCUCACGAGGGCUCAAUCUGUCCACAUGAAGAUCAAAACUUCAUCUUAUAUCUCACGACAAGUUCUAGACUCGUCCCUGGAUAGCCAAAAUUAG